AUGCGUUAUUUAGUCACUGGAUCCAACGGGUGGCCGAACAUUUGCAGAAUGUGUUUCCAGAUCAUCACCACACGAAUCGAGGACUUUGGCAGCAAUUGCCUUUUCAUUGACGGAAGGUAUCAAGAAGCAGAGGUACUUUACAGGAAGCUGAUGACAAUCUAUCAGGAGAAAGCUGGCCCUCAAGGUCGCUCCACUCUGAGAAGCAUGGCGAACCUAGCAUCAACCUACCGGAAUCAGGGUCGAUGGAAUGAAGCUGAGAAGCUGGAGGUGCAAGUAAUGGAGGCAUCCAAAAUAGUGCUGGGAGCUGAGCAUCCAUCCACUCUGACCAGCAUGGCGAAUUUGGCAUCAACCUACCGGAAUCAAGGUCGAUGGAAUGAAGCUGAGAAGCUGGAGGUGCAAGUAAUGGAGACAAGGAAGACAGUGCAGGGUGCUGAGCAUCCAUCCACUCUAACUAGCAUAGCGAACCUAGCAUCAACCUACCGGAAUCAAGGUCGAUGGAAUGAAGCUGAGAAGCUGGAGGUGCAAGUAAUGGAGACAAGGAAGACAGUGCAGGGCGCUGAGCAUCCUGACACUCUGACUAGCAUAGCGAACCUGGCAUCAACCUACCGGAAUCAAGGUCGAUGGAAUGAAGCUGAGAAGCUGGAGGUGCAAGUAAUGGAGACAUCUAAGACAGUGCAGGGCGCUGAGCAUCCUGACACUCUAACCAGCAUGGCGAACCUGGCAUCAACCUACCGGAAUCAAGGUCGAUGGAAUGAAGCUGAGAAGCUGGAGGUACAAGUAAUGGAGACAAGGAAGACAGUGCAGGGCGCUGAGCAUCCAUCCACUCUGACCAGUAUGGCGAACCUGGCAUCAACCUACUGGAAUCAAGGUCGAUGGAAUGAAGCUGAGAAGCUGGAUGUUCAAGUAAUGGAGACAAGGAAGACAGUGCUGGGAGCUGAGCAUCCAUCCACUCUAACCAGCAUGGCGAACCUGGCAUCAACUUACUGGAAUCAGGGUCGAUGGAAUGAAGCUGAGAAGCUGGAGGUGCAAGUAAUGGAGACAUCCAAGAUAGUGCUGGGAGCUGAGCAUCCAUCCACUCUAACCAGCAUGGCGAACCUGGCAUCAACCUACCGGAAUCAAGGUCGAUGGAAUGAAGCUGAGAAGCUGGAGGUGCAAGUAAUAGAAACAUCCAAGACAGUGCUGGGAGCUAAGCAUCCUGACACUCUGACCAGUAUGGCGAACCUGGCAUCAACCUACCGGAAUCAAGGUCGAUGGAAUGAAGCUGAGAAGCUGGAGGUGCAAGUAAUGGAGACAUCCAAGACAAUGCUGGGAGCUGAGCAUCCUGACACUCUGACCAGCAUGGCGAACCUGGCAUCAACCUACCGGUAUCAAGGUCGAUGGAAUGAAGCUGAGAAGCUAGAUGUGCAAGUAAUGGAGACAUCUAAGAUAGUGCAGGGCGCUGAGCAUCCUGACACUCUGACUAGCAUGGCGAACCUGGCAUCAACCUACCGGAAUCAAGGUCGAUGGAAUGAAGCUGAGAAGCUGGAGGUGCAAGUAAUGGAGACAUCCAAGACAGUGCUGGGAGCUGAGCAUCCCGACACUCUGGCCAGGAUGAAUAACCUUGCCUUGACUUGGAAAUCACAAGGAAAGCUUCAAAAUGCCUUGGCUCUGAUGAAACAAUGCUCUGACCUGCGCAACAGAGUGUUAGGACCUAGCCACCCGCAUUCCAAGUCAUCCUCUCGUGCUCUCAGUGAUUGGAUGGUUGAGUAUAAUGCAUGAACAGAUCACACAUUGCUCACUCAAAAAAAGUCCGCAGACUCGACGGGAAGUUUCAGCAGGACCUCCGGCAGCUGUGUUAACUACCUCGUUGACCUAUAAUGCGCACAUCAAUCUACCUUAUACCAAAAGACAGUCAGCUGCUCAAUUAUUCCUUAGCAAUCAUCCUCUUAUCAUUGCUGGCAGAAUACUCGUCCGUGCCCGAAGUCUAAGGCUUACAAGAUGUAAUUAAAUUGGACUGACAUAUUGUGUACUAUUCGGCUGGAGAAAAGAUGAGUUGUGUUACUGUAUGUAUAAAACCUGUUGGAUUGUACGUAACAAUCUCUAACGGUAUAUAUCAGCGUAUCAAAUUAUGUAUGCAAAAGUAUGGAAUCCUUGAUCCCCUUGUUGUUCUUGUUUUUUUGUCUCUAAGUACAGUCAAGGUGGAAGAUAUCUUUUACCCGGUGGAUCAGUGUAUGGCUCGCUAUUAUUGGCUGACAAAUCUCUUCUGUCUGAUUGGUUGAAUUAGCUUAGCUAAUCCAACAUAACGUAAUCGGACACCCACCCGAUCAUGACACCCACCCGAUCACUUUCUCCGGAAAACGCGCUCUAUACGAAUUUCAAACUUGAAUUUCUCACCC